AUGUCCACAAAGACGGAGAGAAGCACAACUGCUGUCACAAAGCCGACAGAUGAUCUAAACUUGAGGGCAAAUGGGCGUUUGGCCGGGGCUUCACUGGACAUCCUGUCGAUCUCCAAGGGCCCUACCGAGCCGGGUGAGGUAAAGGCCAAGCUAACUACUGCGCUGCGUUCCAUCGAUUGUGUGCUGCGGCUGCCUCAAGUCACCGGAAUAACGCUACUGGAAAGCUUUAGCGCUCGAAAAAGUGACCAC